AUGGAUGCUAAUUUGGAUUUUGGAAAGUGCUUUGAUUGUGGGAGCGAACGAAGUAAUGCAAGAUGGUGUAAAGUUUGUGAAUAUAAUGCCUUUAAAGAAAAUUUUAGCAAUUGGACAAGUGAUUUUUUUGGAAUAACUAAAGAUUAUACUUCUCAUUAUAUGUUUGUCAUGAAAUAUUAUGAAUUUUAUGAAAAUAGAGACUUAUAUUCAUACCUUGAUGAAACUCAAGGAAAGCUUUCUUGGAGAGAUACAGCAGAAAUGCUUUGGAAUGCUAUUGAUGUUUCUGAUCCAUCUGAAAAUUUUGAUCUCGGAAGGCGUUCAAAUUUGAAAAAAAACGGAGCUCAACAAAAAAUCCAUCCCGAAGCUUUGUAUACAAGCAGGUUCUUGUAUUUUCCUGAACUGUAUAAUCCUGUUGAAAAUGUUUAUAAGCUCGUGUAA